CCGAUAAGUACUAAUAAAAUGGGUGAAUGUAUAAGAUGGUUGCCUAACGGCAAGCACUAAAAGAUACACCUAUGGGAAUGUAUAAGGAUGGUUUCGGAGUGGGUGGAUGUUGGUAGCGAAAGAGGAGGGACGGAAGGUCGUGUAAGAAAUGGAAAACGAGGAACACGAGGAAUGGUGGAUGGACGGGGAGAGGGAGAAAGUGAAGCAGGCUCGUAAUUUCUUCUAUGCCGGAUUCUUCCUUCUUCCGGGCCUUUGGUUUGUCAAUGUCUUCUACUUUUGGCCGGCCCUCGCACAUCCUCCAAUUCGACCCUAUGUUGUUUGGUCAGCCAUUGGAUUUAUAGUGUAUACUCUGGUACUUGUGUCAUGGGCCCUUACAUUUUCUGUAGGUGGUGAACACCUCUUUGGUUCUGUUUGGAAACAUCUUGCUGUUUAUGAUAUAGCUGAUACCUACGAUCUUAUUGGAUCAUGAAUAAAUUUGUUCUCAGUGACAUUAGUAUUUUGGUAUGGUUCAUCUCUCUAGUUCCAUUUAUAAUUGAUACGAAUAAAAUGACAUUUUAUUCAAAUUCAAGUUU